AUGUGCCCCUCUCCUCAUGACAGGGAUGGCUGGCGCCAAUCCACGUCCACCACCACCUUACACCUGCCCAUCCACCUUGCUCUCGUCUGUGUACUCUCAUGCACAUCCCCUCCCCCUCAUCUCUCCCUUUUGCCCACACCUACUCGGUUACUCACCACACCACCACUGCUGAACCCUCCGUCCAUUCAGCUCUCACCCAGCACCCUCCGUCCAUUCAGCUCUCACCCAGCACCCUCCCCCUACCAGGACUAUGGCGGCAAGGGCAAGUGGAUGGCGAUGGCGAGCGCACAAGAGGGUGGCUUCAACAUGGUGCAAGAUGAGAGACAGGGUGAGAUGGCAGCUACAUGGGAACAGCAAGGAUGA